UAUGUAUAUAUGGAUGGUUCACUUAAAACUUAUCCACAAAAAUUCUUCUCAGAUAUCUUCUUUAUACCCCUUUUGCUUUAGCUAUACAAGAAACGUUAGGCUAAUACGAUCAACGGAGUUAUGUUCUUCAGCAGUCUGAGUUCUUGCUUAACGGAGCACUGGGGUGACUUGCCAUUAAAAGUUGACGACUCCGAGGACAUGAUCAUCUACAACUCCCUCCGUGAUGCUGUUAAUUCUGGGUGGUCUCCCCUAGAUUUUACUACAACGACGACGGCGAUAAAAGCUGAGCCGAGGGAAGAGCUUGAGCCUGAGCGAGAGCCUGUGGCUUCAAAUUACAUAACUGAAAGUGUUAGCAAAAAGGAAAAGAUUGUCAAGGGGAGACAUUACAGAGGGGUGAGGCAAAGGCCGUGGGGGAAGUUUGCGGCGGAGAUAAGAGACCCGGCUAAGAAUGGCGCCAGACUAUGGCUUGGAACGUAUGCAACGGCUGAGGAAGCGGCUUUGGCUUAUGAUCGAGCAGCUUAUAGGAUUCGUGGCUCGAGGGCGCUGCUGAAUUUUCCUCACCGGGUUGGUUCUAAUGAGCCGGAGCCCGUGAGAGUGACGGCCAAGCGUUCGGUUGCACAAGGAAUCGACUAAUGACCGCUAAUGUAACCAGACUCACUGUACUUCCGAUGGGCCUACUGCCUGUUGCAGGGCAGUAAUUGGUAUAUGACGCUGAGUUGGACAGUACUAGUGUAAUUGUUGGUAAAGUAUUAUUGUACUACAGAUAGCAAAUAAAGAUAGCCACAAUCUACCGACCAAUGGCAAUGUGGAU